ACAUCCCGUUGCCUUACUAAUAUCCGUGUUUUUAUGUCCUCAUCAAGACUAUAAAACAUCGUACCCCUCUCUCAAGGUAGAAAUUUGAAGAAAAUGAAGCUUUCUAUCAUCUUAGUCGUAUGUCUAGUUGUAUCAGUUUCUGGAACUUUGUAUAGGCGACCAAAACCAAAACCUGAUUGGAACUCCAGACCUGGUAAUGGUGGACAUGGUGGUACUUGGAAAGGUGGGAAUGGAGGAAACGGUGGAAAUGAUGGGACAGGUGGAAAUGGUGGUCGUUGGAAUGGUGGGAAUGGAGGAAACAGUCGAUAUGGAGGGAGAGGAGGAAACGGUGGUCGUUGGAAUGGUGGGAAUGGAGGAAACAGUCGAUAUGGAGGGAGAGGAGGAAACGGUGGUCAUUGGAAUGGUGGGAAUGGCGGACAUGGUGGAAAACGCUAAAAUAUAAAUGACCGAGAUCCGGACUAAGGAAUAAUGAACAUGUGACAAAAUUAUGCUAAUUUUCAUGAUGAUUUAUCUAUCUUAUAUAUAUUUAAAAUAUAGAUAAAACUUUGUUCUUA